AUCCUCACCACCUCCCUCUUCGCCCUCACCGCCAUGGCCCAAUACGCCAUAGAUCCACACACAGUCGCCAACGCCACAAGACAACAAUGGUGCCUCGACCAAUCCACCCAAUGCCCCCUAAUCUGCCUCGACCAAGGCGCCGCCUCGGGCACCACAGAAUCCAACACCUGCGACGCCACCUCCCUCACCUACUCCUGCGUCUGCGACAACGGCCUGUCCCCCAACGUCAGCGAAUACUCCCAAACCCUCCCCUACUACAUCUGCACCGAAUGGGGCUCGCAAUGCGUGUCCAACUGCCGAAACGACAACACCUGCGCCGCGGCCUGCCGACAAGAUCACCCUUGCGGCGCUCUCAAUCCGAAACGCCAGAACACUUCGACGUUGACGCGCACGAUGACGAGCUCGGCGACGGCGGGGGGAGGGGGUGCGGUGACGACG